UUGCUUUCUCUUUUGUCUCAUUUCUCCACAAGGUGAAUAUUUUAUAACUACACCCUCACCAAUUAGUCUCCAAUUAUCAAAGCCUCAACCUCUUAAGCUUAGGGUUUCGUUUCUUCUCUUCAUUUUUAUCUCUCCCUGUGCAAAUUGCAAUCAAGUUCGUUUCUUUUUGGCAUUUUGAGUUGUUAAACUGGUGCAAUUGGAUAAAUGCAGUGGAGAAGGGCAGACUUCAGGUGGAACUUGGCAUCAGAAAUUAUCAUAUUUGUUCAGCAACUUGUCUAAGCAUGCUGAAGUUUUGAAUAAAUUGAUUCAGAAUGGAAAUCUGAUAUGCCUCCUAUGACGAUUCCAAAGUACUGGGUGGCAGCUACCUUCAAUGAUUUCUGUCAUCAUCAUACAUAGUGAUCCUUGGUUGCAAUAUUCAGAACUAGUGUUGCCAUUAUACCCAACUUAGUAACUUUGCCCAUGUGGACCUUCAUUUGACCAUAACUGUAUUUAACUUAAUUACAAAACAACUUUGUUGUGCUAAUAGAAAUAGCUAACACGGGUGCACUUUGUUGUGUGGCCGCUGGGCCACAUGGAGCGAAAUCACCUGCCACUGGUAGGGACUCUUCCAAUAAUCAUGGUGAACCACAUUGGCGAAUAAACUCAAGUUUCUCACCUCCUCCAUUGAGGAUGUGGGAUUGUAGGUUACGGUCAGAUGGUUUAUCACAUGGGUCUCGGGCAGUUCAUGAUUCAUCAUUUUCCUCAAAUAGUAGGGGAAGCAGAAGCUGGGUGGGAAGUGAACAGUAUGCCAAUCAUCAUCAUUCUGUAUCUGAUGGUGCACUCUCUUAUUCAGAUAGCACACCUGACAAUGUUCAGGAGCCCCGAUGGACAUCACCAGUGCAAAAAUUUAAUCUUAGUGACCUUGCGGUCUCUACUGCUGGAGGAUCAAGAUCCCAGCCCACUUGGUUUCCAUGCUCCACUGAGAGAAGACUUGCCAUCAGAACAAGUGUGACAUCCCCUGGUUUUGGUUCCCCGUCCUCACUUUCUGAGUCCAGCCAUUGGGAAUCAACUAGCAAGCGACCAUUUGCUUUCUCCAGUCGCAACUUUUCAAAUCAACGCUCUUACAUGUCAAAAGCUGUUUAUCCAUUAGUAUUUCGCAACCCUGUGUCAGAUUGUGAAACCUUUGGUGAUGCGGAUAACAGUAGUCUUGGUAGGUUAACACCAGGUGAGGAUCGGAUAUCACCAUCUCAUUGGCCUGAUAACAGUUCAAGUGUUGAUUACAAGUUCCAUAAAACCCUCACUGAACUUCAAAAGUUGGAGACGUCACCAGACCCCAGUGCAAGCUCUAGAAGAGAGGGUUUUAGAUGGAGCAGUGCCAGCAGUUAUGAUCUGGGGAUUGAUGGAGAAAGGUUUGACAUUGCAGAGCACAUGGAUAUGGAGAGUCUGAGGUCCCCUAGUCGUCCUAUAGUGGAACAAAAAUGUGGAGUUUGUGGAAAACUUUUGUGGCAAAAGUCUCCCUGGAGCUCACAUCGAAUCAUGAGAGGUAGUGACAUGCCAAUUGCUGGGGUAUUACCCUGCAGCCAUGUGUUCCAUGCUGAAUGUUUGGAACAAGUCACUCCAAAGACCCAGAUUCAUGACCCUCCUUGCCCUCUGUGCUUGAAAACCGUAGGAUCAAUUGAAGAGUCCCCACCAGUUUCAGAGCCCUUGCAGAUGGCUCUAAGAUCUGUACGGAGAAGCAGAGGGGUGGUGAUAUCUGAGGCCCAGGGUAGUCACAGUAAUACGGAAGCCUCUUAUCAUAUCAAGGACAGAUUGAGGAGAAACUGGCCCUGUACAGUGUCACCACGGAAUGACAAUGGGUCUUCAAUAACCUGUCGUCUUAGAAGGCAUUUUACAUUUAAGGCUGGAAAAGAACUUUUCAACGCUAAGGUGUUCCAGAAGACUGGUUCCUCUUCUAGCCAGAAACCAGCUUGACACCGAAUGUUUGUCGAAUAGCCUCGUGUAUGUAAUUACUCGCAAGUAGAUUUCAAGAUUUAGAUGUUUGAUGAAUCUUUCAUGAUACCUUUUUAAAUCUGCUUGGGUUCAUUUUUCAAGACAGUGGUAAGAACCCUUGCAUGUUGUUAAUUUAUAUAUAUAAGCUGUGGCAGAUCUCUCUGACUCAUGACUA